CAAGCGCGGACUGCAGUUGCGCGCCGACCCCCAAUCGCAUCGCAUCAUUUUGUUUUUCGUGUGAUGGCACUUGGCGUAACGGCCGUAGCGCAUUACGAUAAUAGUGAAAAUUGUGAUUUGAAUAACAUAAACGUUAACAGACCCGUGAUAUACAAUAAUAAUACUAAAAAUCAAUCAAAUUAUCGAUUAGCCGCCGGUGUACGUGAUUGUCAGUCGGUCUUCGAUAAAAGUAGUAUAAGUGGCGAUGAUCAGUUUGUGACAAGUGAAGACAGUGCAGAUCGUGUUUUGGAUUAUUGUGAUAAUAGUGGAAGCAAUGUGGAGGAUUUGUGGCAAAUACUCAACGGCAAUAAUGAUCGUAAAUUGAACUCCUGUUUUAAUUUGACCUAUAAUGAAAAGAGAUCAUCUUGCGCAGCAAUAAUACGUUGUCACGAUAGCGCAAAAAACGGUUGCAGAAAUUACAACAGCGGCAACCAUACCGCUAGCGAUAACAACACCAAAUUUAAUUCUUCUUGGAUUCUUAACAAUAAUAAUUACAAUUACCAGGCACAAUUCAUCGAUGCGACAAGCGAUAAUAAAUUUAGUAAUUUUAAGGGUGUAGUUUCGAGUGCCCCGGAUAGAAAUUCGCGGCAUAAUUACUUCGCAGUAAAUAGCUGCAGCGGACAAAUGAACGACGGUAUCCCUGAGGAUUCAACGUACCCUCAGGAUAAAAAUUAUGUACGGAGUCUCGGUAACCCAGGUGAACUCGAGUCUCUUGACGCAAUCAACAUGCCAGAAUCGGUGACGGUCGUCGACUACCGGCCGGCGUUUAAUUACAAAGGUAACGAUCAUCAAUUUCAGGCUAAAAUGUCAUCUUACAAAAUUCAGACUCCUAUGAGAGGCACGAGAUCAUGUGAAAAUACUCCGGAAGCAACUACCCCAGUUUCUGGAAUGAUCGGAGGAUGCUGUGCAACCAUCCCUGGACUUGACCAUAAAAACAGCUCGUCAGGACCCAAGUGCAAAUUGAAUCACGACAAUUGUUUGAGUCUUCAGGAUAUUCUCAAAUCUUUCAACGGCCCCAUUAGCCAGGAACAGGCAUGGGCUCUUUGUUAUCAGUGCGCCAAGUGUUUUAAAACUGCUCUACAACCUUCUCUACCUGGUACGAUAGCUACCGGGAGGAAUCCCACAGGGCUUUGCGAUGUCACAGAACUUUCCCAUGUUUUGCUGCAUAAAGAUGGAGAUGUUCACGCUACUACCAUACGAGUGCCAAGCGAUCAACAGGAUUCCAGAAAAGAAUUCACCUCGGAGCGCAAGCUCGUGUUCUCACUGGGGGUGAUAGUUUUCGCUGCUCUGGAUUUUGGCUUGGACGAAGAAGAGGAAAGAACGGUUGCUCCGGAUCUAAAUGCGCUAAUAACAAUUAUGACGCAACCUGAGGAUGACCCCGAGGUCGAAGACAGACUUCAGGAAACCGACGACGAAGGAAUAGAAAGAGACUCUUGCGAAAGCGAAGAUGAUCCUCUGCAUCAGGCACCCGACGAAGACCUCCGCCAUGUGCACCAGGGAUACAACGUACGAAAUACACCGCGUUCGACGGAGCCGCGUUCACUCAAUACCGUACUGCAGCUGUGUACGAGGCAUCUUCAAGGUACAUCAGAACAAGCGGAUACUCAUUACAAGGCUGUCGUUCGAGCCCUGGUAGCAGAGGCUCUGGAACUUUCACACUUCCUAGAAAAAGUUGCAGCUGAUAAACAGGGAAAUUCCUCAUCUUCUGCUCUUGGGAACGCAGGCGACCGGCACCUGGAUACUCUGGACUUCAGCGAUUGGACUAACGUCAGGAUAUGGCGGGCGCUGCAAGCGAGAUUUUGGGUGCAGGUUAUCGAAGAGCUACGCAAGGGCGUAAAACUGAAGAAAGUCGAAGAUUCCAUCGGCCACGGAGGGGUAGGCGGCAUAGGAGGAGGACGUGGAAUAGGAAAACGUGUGCGAGGCACAGGUAGAGGUAUAGAAUUCGAACUUACACCCUACGAAAUUCUAAUGGACGAUAUAAGAGCGCGGAGAUAUCGUCUGAGAAAAACACCAUCGCCCUCCCCUCACCUCAGAAAAGACGCUCACGCCGUUAUACUGGACUUCAUCAGGAGCAGACCGCCCUUGAAAAAGGCAUCGGAGCGGAAAUUACCACCCCUCGAGAGACAGUCGACACCGAGAGAAUUACUCAUGGAGAGUAUAAAGAGACCGCCGAGACCCCUACGUCCCUCCUCGAGUCCCAAAAAGCGACCUUCGGCUUUCGAAGACGUACGAGAAGAAUGUACGCCCUUGACGUCGACUCCCAAGAGCGAUCGCGUCCCAGGUGAUUCGUCAACGGCACAGAGCAGCGCGGAACUUGCUACGACCCCAAAGUCUUCCAGGCGAGGAUCCACGGAACAAAAUACCGCCCCUCGUUGUCAGCCACGACGAUUGAUCAUCCCGGUUGAUUUCAAGCUGGAUGGGGAGGACGACGAUGAGGGUGACGACGAUUACGACGUUAUCGGGAGGUUUGAGGAAGACGUUAACGUCGGUUGGAGGGCUGACGCAGAUGAGGACGUAGACGAUGAGCACGUAGAAGGGCAAUUCGGGAGGCAGAAGGGGAGAGCUGGUGAGUCAGCGAAUCCCUGGCGAAGAACAGGUGGGCUCAGACUCACAAGGAACGAGUACCAUCGUUUCUGCGAUACUCAACUAGAGUCCUACGAUCUAGCAACGCAGUGUCCAUCUAGAAGAGUGUCGAGCCGGAGGCACACUGUGGUAGGUGCUACUGGGGCGGGGCUCGGGGUUGCAGCUGGGACAUUGUCGCUACCUCAUUCCAGACCCCAGAGCAGACAGCAUGACCCGAGGAAUCGAACGGACCCAAAUGUGAACUCCAAGCUCAAAAACAGGGAGGUCCUGGACCCAGAGCUACCCUCGAGUAUCGGUAGCUCACAGGAUGAACUAGCUCAAGAGAAGUCUCCGAACAAAGGAAACGCGAGUCUCGGAGAUAUGUUCCUCGACGAGCGUCUGUCUUUAACCCUCGAGGAGAUUGUGCACAUCCGCAGUGUCCUGACAAAGGCAGAGCUUGAAUCGCUUCCUGUGGAAGGUAGGGUAAAAGAGGAUGUCGAGAAGAGACGAGUCUGUUUUCUUUGCCUGAAGACGAGAUUUGGGAUACUGGGACCCUGGGGCCAGCGUUGUCGUCUCUGCGAAAGAACAGUCUGCGUAAAAUGUUACUCCAAGAUGCGAAUACCCACGGAGCAUUUCGCUCAUGUUCCCGUCGUUCUCUUAUCUCCUGGCCUGAUGCUCUCUCCAUCUUCCGAGAUCGAUGGCAAGGAGUAUUCGUCUCCCAGUCAUGGGACCGUUCGCAGUCUAUGGCCACGCCCUGCUGGCGGGGUUGGCUCUGCUCCAGCUUCUCCGGCAUCUAAGCGCCGGGAUCCGACUCUCCGGAAUACGACACCAACGCUGACUCCCUCCUCUGUGAACAUGACCCACCAGGACGAGGAUGGUGCCGCAUGCAGCAGCUUACCACCGAGUAACAACAGUCCCGCCGCUGCCUCCGCACAAACUUUGGAUAAAAGUCGGAAAUUUUACUGCAGCAGUACAAACAGUAGUCCGGCUCGUACGUCCGGUUCGUCGUCGCGCUACGGAGGUGGAGAUGUGCGAGUCGCCGAACGUCUGAGGGGUGUUGCGAUGGUCGUUUGUCACGACUGUAGGAUUCUGGUAUUACAGAUAAUACAGAGUUCUCGCACAACUCGGGCGACGAUACGCAACAACGUUAUUUCUCGUCUGACUUUGAACUUGUCUCCGAUAUACGUCUAAAGCAAGAUAGUUAGCAAGAAUAAUUAGACGAAUCAUCGAUGAGAAAAAUUAUCAUCUCCAUCAUCUCAUCGCAUACACGCAUGUACCGCAUCGAAUAUAGAUUAGGUAGGUGGACCCCUAUCUUCUAUACACUUUGAAAAAAAAAUAUAUAUAUAUAUUAUUGCAGGCACGAUAAAAAGUUGGCCUGAAAAAAUUCUAUAGAUUCAAAUUAUGUAUACACAACAUAGUGCUAUUUAUUUUCGCGCAUGAAGGAAAAAGUAGAAAAAAAAAAAAAAACCAACAAAAACAAACAAAAAAGCAAAAAAUAAUAUCAUCAACUUAAAUCGUUCGAGAUGUAUUUGUUCCCAAUUUUCUAAUUUCUCAAUGUUUCAAUUAUUUUUUUAAUCCAUUACACAAACACAGAAUCACACGUGUUAAUGAAUACCCCAUCACAGGGUGAUGAUUUUAAUUCAAUGUUAAGUAGUGAAAAGAAUAUAUAUAUAUAUAGCGUAAUAAUAAAAUAAUGAGCAACGCGGCGUAAAGGUUGAAUGCAAUCGCAACGCUUAGGAGACUCCUGUAAAUAAUCGUGUAAAUAAUUAUUACACAGACUAUUCCAAGUUUUUUGUUGAUGGAAAUGGCUAGGAAUAUUUACAAAAUCUCCAAAUGAUUAUCCGACGAUUUUCACGCAUAUGGCGCUUGGUAUGAGCAUACAUACGUACCUGUGUACAUUCUUGUACGAUAUGUAUGCACAUAUAAAUUAUGUGCCGUAGUCAAGGUUCGAUGCAUUUCAUUUCUCUGGCAUCACUACUUUCUGACGCCGAGAAAAUCCUGAACGGAUCAAUAUUAACCCAUAUUAAUUGAGCCAUGCCGAUUACUUCAUUGGAUUUUUUGGCGAUGACCCCAUUUCCGUAUAAUAUCUUUUCCCUACUCCGUUAAUUAUUGUUAAUCAAUUUUUUCUACCCAUGAUAAUUUCUCGCUGGAUCAUCUAAUGAAGUUUCUCAGACAGCGAUCGCACUGAGUGAUUUUUUUUCAUUUUAACUAGUGAGUCCCAUUGUUUGUAAUCAUCGAUUUUUUUUUAUUCUCUAUUUCAUGUUUUCAUGUUUGUAACAUAAUUGAAUUAUCGAAGUAUUAUGCACACGUCAUGCACAGUUUCUGUGAGACUGUUGGCUAAAGAAAUUAUUUUUUUUCUGUUUUAGGAAAAUUUGUACAGUUAAAUGUUGAGCCUACGUAGUUUUGUUUGUUUGUUUAUUUCUUGGUGACAAUAUCAACAUAUAUUGCCCUCUCUCCAUGCCCUGUUAAUUACUGCAGCCCAAGUACAUAAACGAUUCCGUCAUUUCAAGACAUUCCGUGCUUUGGCUUAAUUUUUAUUAGUAGACAAAUUUUGUGUUGUUAUAAUUAUUAUUAUCAAUAUCACCAUUGUCGUGCGUGAAUGAUGUGGCGUUUGAAAAAGAAUUGAAAAAAAAAAAACAUAUAGGAAAAGGAUAAAAUUGUUGAAAAAAAAAUCAACUGCAGUGAAUAUAUCUGUAUAUACAUACAUGUAUACGUAUGUAUAUAUAAUGUAAUAAUUCCAAAUACAUAUUUUAAACAUCGAGUAUAUAUUAAAUACUUUACACUAUACUAUGCCACUAUACGUAUAGUUAUCUAUCGAAUGUCCAUCUACUUUUCCGAUGAAAAUAUUUAUGAAAAAAAAAAUUUGUUUUCGGAUAUAUCGGUAUGUCUACGGCUCAAAUGCGCAUCAGAACAGAGGUAAUUGUUGGGCAAUUCUCAGAAUGUGUAUCGUGCAGGCCCAGAUUGAACCACGGUAAAGAAAAAAAAAAUGUAAUUAAUUAUAGGUAUUGUAAAGUUUAAUGAAAUUCUGUGAAAAUGUAACAAAAGAAUUUUAGAUGAUAGAUGGUAGCUGAAAAAACCAUCAACAAAAUAGUAGUGGUAUAUGAAUCCAACUGAACUAUCAAAUUUAGGUAGAAUAUUUACAAUCUCGAUGACAUUGUCGUUGUCGAAGUCAUUGUUGAAUAAACCUGAAUAAUAAUCAUA